UCCCUCCAUUCAAUCUUUGAUCAGUGAUUACCAUGACAUCCGUCACCGCCGCGGCUGCCGCCACCGUCUCUCUGUUCUUCCUCCUCCUCCUCUCCACCACCGCAGCCGCGGCCACACUCUCCACCGAUGUCUCCGCCCUCAAAGCCAUAAAAUCCGCCAUCAAUCCCACCACCAUUCCUUCUUACUCUUGCUUAGCCUCCUGGAACUUCACCUCCGAUCCAUGCUCCAACCCUCACGUCACACAUUUCCUCUGCGGCCUCUCCUGCUCCGCCAACCGAGUCACCCAACUCACCUUCGAUCCUGCCGGUUACGCCGGAACUCUCUCCCCACUCGUUUCCCAACUCACCCAACUCACCACAAUCGAUCUCUCCGACAACAAACUCUCCGGCCCAAUCCCCACUUCCCUCUUCUCCCUCCCAAACCUCCAAACACUCAUUCUCCAAUCCAACUCAUUCUCCGGCACCAUCCCACCUGUCAUUUCUAACCUCAAAGCUAUUGAAACCCUAGAUAUUUCUCAUAAUUUUCUGUCUGGGUCGUUGCCGGACACGUCGAGUUUGCUCACUUUAACUCGGCUUGAUCUCAGUUUCAACAAAUUUACUGGACCCUUACCUAAGCUCGGGCGAAACCUAGUAGAAUUUGCAGUUAAAGCUAAUCGUCUUUCUGGAGACAUGCCAAAAACAUCGUUUAAUGAGUUGACUCAGCUGGAAGUUGUCGAACUCAGUGAUAAUUCGCUUACUGGAAUAAUUCCUGGCUGGUUCUUCCUCCAACCGGCCCUCCAGCAAGUCAAUCUCGCCGAUAAUGGGUUCACUGGUAUCGAAAUCUUAAAACCAAUCGACAGCGACCUGGUGGCCAUCGACGCCGGAUACAACAAAAUCAGUGGUUACUUAUCCGCAAACUUCACGAAGUACCCUAUGUUGUCGUCGCUGUCGCUCCGAUACAACAAGCUACAAGGACCGAUCCCAGAGGAGUACAGCCGAACGACGACAUUGAGUAGGUUGUUUCUUGACGGAAACUACUUGAACGGAAUGCCGCCGAAGGAGUUUUUCUCCGGGAGAUCGUCUGUUACUGGAAGUUUAGGGGACAACUGCCUGAAGAGUUGUCCAACAUCUUCUCAGCUCUGCCUGAAAUCACAAAAAUCAUCGUCGAUCUGCCGGCAAGCAUAUGGUGGGAAAAAUAAAAUGAGACAAAAGUUGUAGUGUCAAAUCCAUGUUUUCCGUUACUAUAUUAGUAUAUCAACUUUUUAGUCCUAGAGUUUAAUAAUAAUAAAUUUAACAUUUGUAUCACAAGUAACUAUUUUAUUGUAUUCAUGGAUACUUUUUAGGUUUUCAAUA